AUGACGGCUAGGACUUUGGGUGAUUUUAGGGUUUUGGGCGUGGAUGAACAAGAUACUACCAUGGAGGAUACCGGAGAGAAAGGAAGGCCACCGGGGGACCGUCCUGAUGCUCCAGGCUCUUGGGUGAGGAAGGUUGUAGGGAGUAACGAAGGGGGGAUGCCUGUGCCGGAAGAAGUGGUGGACGAGAAGUUUGUGGAGUCGAGACUGAGAUUGGAAUUUCCGAAUGGAGACGAUGGGGAGCCGGUGAUAACAAUAGGGGAAGAGGUGCUGACGGCGAUGAAUACCCUGUGGAAGAGAUGUAUGAUCGUGAAGGUUUUGGGGAGGAAUGUCCCUUUGAUGAGCCUGACUCGUAUUUCGACCAUCUGUUCGACAUGCGGCAUGUAUGGACACUUAGCGCACGCAUGCCCAAGAAAGAUUGCAGAGAGAGCCUUGGCCAUUGUGUCUAACCCAAACACUUCACUGCCUGAGACUACGGGAGAUAUGAGGAUGGAAACUGAAUUUACUAAAGUGAGAUCAGCAAGGAAAAAGACAGAGCAACAAAUUGCAGUAGGAGGUUCUGUGCGGAGAAAUGGGGAAAGGGACGUGAUGGGAAGUAAGACAAUGGUGGGUAGUAGACCAAGGGAAGCAAGAAAGGAGAAUGUGGUUGAGAAAGUAACAGUGUCGAAUAGAUUUGGAGGCCUAAGUGAAGAGGGUGUGACGGAGAACCCAUCUGAUGACGUUGAAAGGGAUGAUGAGAAUAAAGAAAACAAGAAUUCUGCUAACCUAAGCUCAGCAGCUUCAAGUGGAGUGUUUGGGAAGAAUUUGUCGUUUGCAGCAAAAGGGGUAAGCGGGAAUCAGACGUUACCUAAAUUUGGAGUCAAAGAUAAGGGAACUGGCAAAAUACGUGGCCCAAAUCUACUUAAGCCAAAAUCAAGGAAUGUUGGGCCUACUCAUGGCCUGGUUUUCGGCCCACCUAGAGGCGAAACUGGUUUGUCGGUGAGUGGAAAGAGAUUGAGGGUUGAAAACGUGAGUGUUGGUCGGCCAGGGGGUGUCUUCGCUGGAGUUGGAGAACUCGGUAGAGAUGAGAAAGAUACGAAGCAGGGCGGUGAACAGAGGAAGCUACAGGCGCAACCUGCGACAACAGAGAUACCUUCACUCAAUGACAUGGAAUCCCAGGGGGGCAGGAUAGAGAAGUUUCAGAGGAAGUGGAGAUCGAUCCGUUAUUUAAUGAAGAAGUUCAAAACAGAUAUCCUUGCUGUGUUCGAAACUCAUGCUGGUGGAGAAGCUGCGAGUCGAAUAUGCCAAGGUUUGGGUAUUGGUAAUUCGUUCAGGGUGGAUGCUUGUGGCCAAAGUGGAGGCUUGUGGUUAUUAUGGAGGGAGGAGUUAGGAGAACUUGAAGUGAAGUGGACUUUGGGAUGCUUUGGGGACUUUGGGAUGCUUUGGGAGGUGAUAAGCAAUGUUGUUGGUCCGGUGUUCGUGGGUGGGGAUUUUAAUACAAUUGUGCGAUUAGAAGAAAGAAGUGGUGGGAAUGGGAGGUUGUCGGAAGACUCUCUAACAUUUGAUGAAUGGAUCAAUAACAUGUCACUCAUUGACAUGAGUUUUUGUGGGAACCAAUUCAUAUGGAAGCGAGGAAAGACGGCGAGUACCUUUGUGGCGAAGAGGUUGGAUCGAGUAUUAUGCUGUGCUCAAGCGAGAUUGAAGUGGCAAGAUGCAAGAGUUUCACAUCUUCCCUUCUUGGCGUCGGACCAUGCACCACUAUAUGUGCAACUUACGCCAGAGGUGAAAGGAAAUGCGUGUCAUCGGCCUUUUUGCUUUGAGGCGGCCUGGCUUCAGCAUAGCGAGUUCAAAAGAGCUGUUAGCAACCUCAUGGGAUUGAGACAUUGA